UGUUUAUUUUCUUGUCGAAUCGUGAGGUAGGUUAGCUAACCAAGUUAUUGACAUCCGACGUUUAAAGUUCGAAUUCAUUGAACUUUUUGGCCUAACCUAGCACAUGCCGCGAGAUAAGAUUUAUACAUCAAUCUGUAUUCUAAAUUAUGACUUUAAUAUCCGUACGGUACGGGUGUGAAACUGUGACCUGCGAGAAUCCGGCACCAAAAGCAACGGUUAUAUAGGUACUUUAGAAUUACUAAAUAAUAAUUAGAAAAAAUGAAUACCGGUGUUAUGAAACUGAAGCUUAAUUCAAUAUUCCCAGGAACAACAAACAUUUUGGUAGUUGGGAUUAUUAUAGCAAAACAAAAUCCUAAAGUAAUUGUAUCAAAACAAGAUAAUAAAGAAAAAUCUGUCUUUUCGUUUACUAUACGUGACUCUCCAGAAGAUGUGGUUAAUAUAAGUGUUUGGGGUUCUAAUGCUUAUACUACACGUUUGUAUAAUGAUUUUAAAAUUGGAGAUGUUGUUGACUUAGUUAAUUCAAAUGUUACUUAUAACAUGGGUAUCAAAGAUAAAUAUAUGCCAAAAAGUUCUAGCCCAUUCUAUUUAACAUUAAAUGAAAUGUCAUCUCAAAUGUUGCUACAUGAUGUUCAUGAUUCUUUGAAGUAUAAAUAUCUUCUCAGAAUUCCCACUUGUCCACGACACAUGUAUAUUAAUAUUGAGGAUAUCCAUUCCAGUGGAAAAGAGAUGAGUGGGAAAUUUUGUUGUUUGUUGGCUGCAGUAAGAUGUGUAAAGUUUACUAAAUUAAUAAAAACCAAAGUUGGCAAGGAAGCAUUCUUAAAAGAAAUAAUUGUCAUGGACAAAACAUACCCAACACUUGUAGUAAGAAUUUGGGAUAAGGAACUAUCAGAAAGAGCUGCACAAUGGAUACCAAAAAAAACAAUCUUGUCUUUCUCAAAUUUAUACUUGGAAUGGAAUGUCUUUAAAAGGAGCAUGACAGCUGUUGUUUCCAAUAAAACAAUUAUUACUGAAGAUCCAAUUACAAAUGAAGCUAACGAUUUAAAAAAUUACGCAAAUACACACUUGACUGGCCUGUCUACUAAAUUAAACAUUAAUAUUCCCAAUUUGUCAACUAUAACAGACAUUAUGACUUGUAAACGAGUUUUAGUCAAGUCUAAUGAAAUUAGUAGACAAUUUACAGCUAUCUUAUAUGCAAUUGUGAGCAAAUUUAAUAUUGAUGGACUAUCUCCAUUGGUUUUAACUAAGUGGCAAGUAAUUUUAUUACUCUUAAUUGAAAUUGUAAUAAACAGUUCUUAAAUAUAUGAAACACUUUGUGCAGUAAUCUAUGUGGUAUGAAUGUGAACAGUACAUACUUAAUGUGUCUUAAUCCAGAAUGUACUUCUAAUUUUAAAA